UGCAAGACUGCAGUAGUGUCACGGCUUAUAAAGAUGGAUGUUGGCAUCCAUGGAUUUAAGAAGACAGCAUGUACCCUAUGAUGUAGAAGGACUGCUCUUUGUCCUAGUAUUAUGAGAGUUCCUUCCCCAUUGAUUCACAGCAAAAGCCACACAGCAAUCCAUUCAUCUUCCUCUGUGUUACCCAAGUUCUUGCACACCACACAUCCCAAGAAAAUCCCAUCACCACCCGCCCCAACUCAACUCAAUGACCUCCUCAACACCGCUUCACACACCAAGAACAUCAGACAUGUCACCCAAAUACAUGCCCAGAUCAUCACCAGCAACUGCACCUCCCUCCCUUCCCUCCUCAACAAGCUCCUCAGCUUGUAUGCCAAGUGUGGCCAAGUUGACCAAAGCGUGCUGUUGUUCUCACAAGCCAGUGAUGGGUCCAAAAAUGUGGUCACCUGGACUUCCCUCAUCACCCAACAAUCCCAUGCCAGCAAGCCCUUCAAGGCACUGACCCUGUUUAACCAGAUGAGGAGCACUGGUGUUUACCCCAACCAUUUUACCUUCUCUGCUGUUUUACCUGCCUGCGCAGGGACCAUGGUGUCGUCUCAUGGUGAACAGAUUCAUUGCUUGGUGAUCAAACAUGGGUUUGACUGUGACAUCUUCGUGGGAAGUGCUUUGGUGGACAUGUACGCCAAAUGUUCCCGUAUGGAUGCGGCGGAGAAGGUGUUUGACGAAAUGCCUGACAGAAACCUUGUCACCUGGAAUUCUAUGGUUGUGGGGCUUUUGCAAAACAAGUUUUUUGACCGUGCGGUUUUAGUUUUCAGGGAGGUUCUUAAGCGAGAUUCUAUCGCGCCGGAUGAAGUGACUUUCUCUAGCGCUUUGAGUGCUUGUGGCAAUAAUGGCAGCUCAGAAUUCGGAAGGCAGGUACAUGGUUUGGUUGUUAAGGAGAAUUUGAUGAGUUCAUCAUACGUGAAGAAUUCGCUGCUGGACAUGUACUGUAAAUGUGGGUCGUUAGAUGAUGCUCUUAGGCAAUUCCAGACUAGUGGAGUUCAAGAUGUUGUUACAUGGAAUGUGAUGAUGAUGGGGUUUGUCAAUAAUGAUAAGUUUGAAGAGGCUUGCCAUUACUUUACUUUCAUGAGAAGUAAAGGUGUAAUUCCCGAUGAGGUCUCGUUCUCUACUGUGCUUCAUGCUACUGCUUCUAUCUCAGCAUUGAGCCAGGGCACCUCGAUUCAUGAUCAGAUAUUAAAAAGUGGAUCCGUUAACAGCAGCUGCGUUGGAGGUGCUUUAAUUAUGAUGUAUGCGAAAUGUGGUAGUUUAGCUGAUGCUACUCGGGCGUUUGAAGAGAUCAAGGGCCGAACCGUGGUAUGUUGGAGUGCGAUGAUUACUGCAUUCCAGCAACAUGGGUGUGCUGAUCAAGCAAUUGAAUUGUUCGAGGAUAUGCUAGGGCAAGGAACUAAACCUGAUUAUGUUACCCUUGUUAGUCUUCUCGCGGCGUGCAGCCAUGCUGGGCGUGUUGACAAAGGCUACUUGUAUUUCAAUACCAUGAGUAAGAUUUUUGGUAUAAACCCUGGACAUGAACACUAUGCUUGUAUGGUUGACUUACUUGGUCGUGCUGGCCGGCUAGACGAAGCAAAGAAGUUCAUAGAAUUGAUGCCUAUCAAAGCUGACGCAACAGCAUGGGGAGCUUUGCUUGGUGCUUGCUCAAAUCAUGGAAAUCUUGAAAUGGGCAGAGAAGUCGCAGAUAGGCUUUUUGAGUUGCAACCUGAUAAUCCAGGAAACUAUGUGCUGCUUUCAAACAUGUACUCGCGUGAGGGAAGAUUGAAGGAAGCGGAUGAAGUUAGAAGACUGAUGUCUGUCAAUGGGCUAAAGAAGGAACCAGGGUGUAGCUGGGUUGAUGUAAAAAACACGACCUUUGUGUUCACCGUGCACGAUAGGUCGCACGCCAUGACGCGUGAGAUUUAUGAGAUGCUUGGUCAGUUGGAGGAGUUGGUGAGAAAGAGAGGACACGUUCCUCAAGUCCAAUUCUCAGUCAAUAGCAUAGGAGAGUACAAAGAGCGUAACUUAUGGUAUCAUAGCGAGAGAUUGGCUCUUGCUUUUGCGCUUCUUACACUCCCAAAUGGAGCUCCUGUUAGGAUAAAGAAGAACCUGAGGACUUGUGGUGACUGUCACACGGUGAUGAAAUUCGCUUCUGAUAUUUACAAAAGAGAGAUUGUUGUCAGGGAUGUCAAUCGGUUUCAUCGGUUCACUGAUGGUCAAUGUUCAUGCGGGGAUUACUGGUAACUCGACAUAUGACAGCAUUCUUAAGGUUCUUGUCAAGUAUUAUUGUUUGACUUAUUAACAAUCUUACCCUCAAAACAUUUUACUUCUGGGGUUUGCAGAGAUAGAAACUGGAUUGUGAGUUUCUUCCUCCUUUUCUUGCCAUGUGUUUCCGCUUGAACCUCUUCAAAGCUCAUACGGCUAUUCUUGCUACCGAACACAUUACAUCAAAUUGAAUUUGAGUUUUCUGCA